UGGUUCUGCAAGUUGCGAAGCCAUAUAAAUUUUUGGCUUGGCAAUAUUAAACGAAACGGCUUAAAUUACAUUUCGUAACGAAUUAAAUUUUAAAAAAUUAAUCAAUAUACCAGUAUGGAAAAAUUAAAUGAAUAUCAAGGGCUAACGGGUCGUCUUCACCAAUGGAGGGAUAACAUUAAAGAAAAAUACAGUGAUGUAAAUCCGACAAACUUUGUAGAAAAGGCGAAAAGUAGUGCUCUUGACCAACUUAAAGGUAACGCAAGUGCUAACGUGGACUAUUCUCAUAUUUAUAGAUACAAAACACGUGCGGAGUUGAUUCGAGUAUCCGCUGCGGUGAUGGGCAUUGAAUUUUCAUAUGCUGCAGAAACAGCUUUCGUGUCACCAACUUUGCUUAAAAUUGGAGUGGAACAUCAGCACAUGACACUGGUUUGGGCUCUGUCACCUUUAGUUGGAUUUUUUCUCUGCCCCAUUUUGGGGUCUUUUUCAGAUCGCUGCAAAUUAAAUAUAGGACGACGACGACCAUUCAUAAUCCUAUUGUCUAUUGGAGUUUUUUUUGGGUUGAUAUUGGUUCCGAAUGGAGAAAACUUGGGAUAUUGGUUUGGUGAUGUAGACCCACAUUUACAGGCUGCUGCAAUGAAUACGACGUAUAACACAACGUAUAACUAUUUAAAUAUAGUACCACAUAGAGCGACAGCCACGACGUCAGAGAUAAAAAAUUAUACAAAAAUUUCACAUCCGUGGGGAAUAUUUUUCACUGUGCUAGGAACUGUACUACUUGACUUCGAUGCAGAUGCUUGUCAAAGCCCAUCUAGAGCAUACCUUUUGGAUGUGUGUAUUCCAGAAGAUCAUGCCAAAGGUCUUUCUACAUUCACAAUAAUGGCUGGCCUUGGAGGUUUUUUUGGUUACUCAAUGGGUGGUUUAAACUGGGAUGAAACUGAAAUUGGAAGACGAUUGGGAGGACAUGUCAAAGCAGUAUUUACCAUAAUUACAUUCAUUUUCAUUGCCUGCGUGACAUUUACAAUAACCAGCUUUACUGAAAUUCCACUUUGGGCACUCUCUUCCCCCUCACGACCAAAGGAAAAACGUCCGUUAGACAGCGGCUCCAUAAAUUACGGUUCUAUUCAUAGCGAUGAUGACAUUAAAAACCACGAAAACUAUGAUGAGAUGACACCCGCUGUGGCAUCGGAAAAUUUAGGCGCUGAGAAGGAGAACUUUGAUGAAACUUCGUUCACCGAAAACCAAGAGCCUGUGAAUGCUGCAAAUGAACCUGAAGGCAAUGUGGAAAUACAGUCUCUAUCGCAUUAUUUGCUUUCUAUUGUGUACAUGCCAUAUUCUCUGCGCAUAGUUUGUCUAACGAAUCUUUUUUGCUGGAUGGCGCAUGUAUGCUACUCGCUUUAUUUCACCGACUUUGUCGGGGAAGCUGUAUUUAAUGGAGAUCCAAGAGCUAUGGAAGGAUCAAUAUCUCAACGAAAAUAUGAAGAGGGUGUUCGCUUUGGAUGCUGGGGUAUGGCCAUGUACUCGCUUUCCUGUGCCUGUUACUCACUGGUUAUUGAUAAGCUUAUUCAACGAUUCAGGGCUAAAUCUGUUUAUGUGGGAGGACUUCUUUUCUACUGUACUGGCAUGACAUUAAUGGCACUUACUCGCAGUAAAUUUAGUGUUAUAGUUUUUAGUUGGACGGCAGGUGUCAUGUACUCCACCCUCUUCACCAUGCCUUACUUGUUAGUGGCACAUUAUCAUUCCAUGGGCACAUUUGAAGUGGACGGCAGUGGAUGUGCAAAAUUGGAAUCUGGAGUGCGUGGCUUGGGUACAGAUGUUGCCAUAGUAAGCAGUAUGGUUUUCUUAGCACAAUUUAUUCUAUCAUUGUGCAUGGGCGUGAUCGUAAAACUUUCUGGAACCACUACAGCAGUAAUAAGCACCGCCAGCUUUUUAAGUUUCUGUGCAGCGCUAUCUGCAACAAAAAUAAUUUAUCUAGAUCUAUAAUAUGAUACUAAGU